AUGGCAACUUCACUUCUAGGGGAAGAACCGAGGUUGGGAUCCACUCCUCUGGCCAUGCUCGCUGCUACCUGUAACAAGAUCGGCAGCCCCAGCCCGUCUCCCUCCUCCCUCUCGGACAGCUCCUCUUCCUUCGGCAAAGGCUUCCAUCCCUGGAAACGAUCCUCGUCGUCCUCCUCCGGCAGUUGCAAUGUAGUGGGUUCCAGCCUCUCUGGCUUCGGUGUGACGGGGGCCUCCAGGACCGGCGGCUCGUCCUCUGCGGCCGCGGCGGCCGCGGCGGCGGCGGCGGCGGCGGCCGCCCUGGUGUCCGACUCGUUCGGCUGCGGCGGCUCCCCGGGCUCCAGCGCCUUCUCCCUCACCUCCAGCAGCGCCGCCGCCGCAGCGGCCGCGGCGGCCGCCGCUUCCACCUCGCCCUUCGCCAACGACUACUCCGUGUUCCAGACCCCCGGCGUCUCCGGGGGCAGCGGCGGUGGAGGCGGGGGCGGCGGCGGUGGGUCCUCCGCGCACUCGCAGGACGGCUCGCACCAGCCGGUGUUCAUCUCCAAGGUGCACACCUCAGUGGACGGGCUGCAGGGCAUCUACCCGCGCGUGGGCAUGGCGCACCCGUACGAGUCGUGGUUCAAGCCCUCGCAUCCCGGCCUGGGCGCCGCUGGCGACGUGGGGUCGGCCGGCGCUUCCAGCUGGUGGGACGUGGGCGCGGGCUGGAUCGACGUGCAGAACCCGAACGGCGCCGCGGCGUUGCCCGGCUCGCUGCACCCCGCCGCCGGGGGGCUCCAAACCUCGCUGCAUUCGCCGCUCGGAGGCUACAACUCGGAUUACUCGGGCCUGAGCCACUCAGCCUUCAGCAGCGGCGCCUCCUCGCACCUGCUCAGCCCCGCUGGGCAGCACCUCAUGGACGGCUUCAAGCCGGUGCUGCCCGGCUCCUAUCCGGACUCGGCCCCGUCGCCGCUGGCCGGCGCCGGGGGCUCCAUGCUGAGCGCGGGGCCGUCGGCGCCGCUGGGGGGCUCCCCGCGCUCUUCCGCGCGCCGCUACUCGGGCCGCGCCACCUGCGACUGCCCCAACUGCCAGGAGGCGGAGCGGCUGGGCCCGGCGGGGGCGAGUCUGCGGCGCAAGGGCCUGCACAGCUGCCACAUCCCGGGCUGCGGUAAGGUGUACGGCAAGACGUCGCACCUCAAGGCGCACCUGCGCUGGCACACGGGUGAGCGGCCCUUCGUGUGCAACUGGCUCUUCUGCGGCAAGCGUUUCACGCGAUCCGACGAGUUGCAGCGGCACCUGCGGACCCACACCGGUGAGAAGCGCUUCGCCUGUCCGGUCUGCAACAAGCGUUUCAUGCGCAGCGACCACCUCAGCAAGCACGUGAAGACGCACAGCGGCGGCGGAGGAGGCUCGGCUGGCUCAGGCAGUGGUGGCAAGAAGGGCAGCGACACCGACAGCGAGCACAGCGCUGCGGGCAGCCCGCCCUGCCACUCCCCGGAGCUGCUGCAGCCCCCUGAGCCCGGGCACCGCAAUGGCCUGGAGUGA